GUUUCUCUUCAGCUACAGCGUCCCUUCCCUACGUUGCUGGAAAUAAGUAUGCUUACUCACACGAGCCCACCACACCCAACUUCUACCAACUCGUUCAUUUGUUUCUGAGGCUUUUACGGUGUCUUUUUGAGCCAUUGGCAUAAAAUCUCGUUCAAAGAGUCAAACUGUGCGUUUGGAAGGACGGUUCUUGGGUUCACAUUCGUUUUCGUAGUGACCAGUUUUAUUUUGGCUUUUCUGUGAUUUUCACCUAAGAUUGCCUUUAUAGAACGUCAAACGGAUAUCCUUGAACGAUUGUACUAAUUACAUUGCGAUUGCAUAGUGCGAAUGGCUUCUGCAAAAGCAAAGUUGUACGAGGAGCUGCUCGAUCAAAAUCGAUGCAAUGGUAACUGGAGUGCCAUACAAGAGUCCACCCGAAAGUUGCUGAAGCAUAAUCCUUCGAAACAAUACAUAUGUUCGUUAGCGAAGGCGGAGGCCGCUUUUUACUUGCACAACCAACGGGAGGACAGUAUUAGCACCGUGAAUUUGUUCCGUAUAGAUGCGGAGACCGUUGUUCCUGCUCUACAGAGCAGUAUUGUUAAUGAGCUUUCUUCUUCUCUUCAGAGUUUGGAGAGCAUGUCCGGUACCGAAGUUGAAAAAGCACAAGCGGUGUACCUUAAACUGAUACUUCACUUGUCUGCUAAAGAGUACGACACGGCCGUCAGUAUCGUUCGUGAUCCACAAGGACUUCCUUUAUCUACAGACUACAGUUGUGUUGCCCUUCUGAAAGCAAUAGUUUUGUCAGCUAUUGCUUACGAAUGUUUGUCGCAGGAGGGAGUAGCUAUGAGCUUUUACCAAAGAGCAUUCUCUGUCGUAAAGAAGGCUUCUGCGGCGGUUCCUAGUGACAUGAAAGUCAGCUUUGGCAACACACCUGAAUUUGGUAUUUGGGCAGAGGCUGCUUUCUAUAGAAAUUCCGUUUUGUGCUUGCAAAAAGAUCCCAAUGCCAAUUCGUCGGAAACAUUGGAUGCGUUCUAUGCUUAUUAUGUCUAUCUUUCCUCCCACCCUUCCCGCAAACCCGAGCAUUUGCCAUUGUUUUUCAGUAAUUUCGUACGCACACUCGUUUCUCAUCAUAAAAAAUACGAGGAUCCCGCUGCUUUUUAUGCCGACGAAAAUGUGUCUCGUGUUUUAAAACAAGCUCCGGACGUGCUUGAAAAAUACGCAGACACACUCAUUCAACACACACCUUUUCCUAAAGCCGGAACCCAAAAUUUACCCGCUAAUCAAUUCUUGGAUAAUCUCUAUGAUAUAUGGAAGCUAAUCCCCUUUUCUUUUGAAAGCACUCGCAGAUGCAUCGAGUUAGUAUAUUUGAUGGCGCAGAAGACUUACCAGUCCCAUCGCCUCCUCCGUUAUUUAAUCAUUCUCCAUGACUCUGUUGAUGAAAGUCUGCAUGCUGACUUUGCCUUCAAGUCUUAUCGUAUCUUGACCGAUACGGCUUUGGAACGUGUGGAAAAAGAAAAGUUAAAAGAUGCCGGUGUCGCUGAUGAAACUGACCUGAACAAGGGUGAGAUUCUAGAUGUUUAUGCUCGGAUGCUUAUCAUUUACGUCGUAAAACUAAAGGAUCAAACGAAGGCGAAAGAAUGUGCCAACCAACUUUUUGAGAAAGCUAAAGUUUUCGAUUUCUUAAAAUUGAGAAACCAAACAACAAAGUGUAUAUUACAUGCCUUAGGAGUUUAUCAUUCGUUUGUUGCAUUCACUUCUGUUGAUCCCAAAGCCCGUGAAGCAGCGCAACUGAAAAGCAUUGACUUUUUCCGGGACUGCUGUGGUGUCGACCCAAGCGAUGCAGUUGUUCAGUAUCACCUUGCUAGACAGCUAGCGGAAGCUCGACGGAACGAUGAAGCUGUUGAGAUUUUACGGAAAGAUUUACUGGGUCAGCCGGAAAGUAGUAUUGAAGCAUGGCACCUGUUUGCAUUGUUGCUCUCAUGCUCUGAACAGUACAAGGCCGCCUUAAUGGUCAUCGAUUCUAUUCUUGGAGUUUGGGGAGUGCCAGCGGACGGCGGUCAUAUGGAAGAGCCAAGCGCUACUGCUUCCUUACCUUUCCAUGCUAGAUGUACGUUGAUGGAACUCAUGUUCACAAAGUUUGCUUUGGUGGAAAAAAAUGAUGGGCUUCAGGUUGCUGCAGGACUUCAAAGCUCUAUCUUCUCACUCUUUGCCUGCCUUUUUGAUUUACCAAAGUACAACACCAUCCUCUCCAACUGGAAGCAAAGUCGAGCACUUAGCGUUAAAGCAGAAGCACCGAAAGGCGUGAACAAAUUUAUCGAGAAGGAUAUCCGGGUUAGAGAAGCUGAGCUUGUGGUUCGGUACAACCAGCAAUUAUGGAUCUUAGCUGCUUCAGUUUUUCGUAAAUUGAAACAAUGGGAUCAGUUGUUGAGUGCGUUGAAGCAAGCACGAGAAUUAGAUCCCGAUUAUUCCGCUAUAUAUCAUUCCCAUGCAUUGGCUUUCAUUGAUCAACACAAAUAUUCUGAGGCAUUGGAACAGUUAGAAUUGGCUGCAUUGUUGGAACCGGAUGAGCCGUAUCUUUGUACGACAUUAGCGUACACGUUGAUACAGCUCGAAGAACCUUAUCAACCUGCCGCACGAAACCGUGCUGAUGGUUUGCUUGACAGAGUAACAAGAGGCAGAGGCUGGAACAUUCCUGAGGCCUGGUUUUUACUUGCGCAAAUCCAUCACACUUUAGGAGAUGAGAAGUUCACGGCUUCGGCGUUUAGCUAUGCAAUUGAGCUUACCGACUCGGAACCUGUCCGUAACCUUAGUUGUAUUACUCCACGCUACCUUGAUUUGAAUGGACACCUUUAGUAUCGCUUUGGACACAUUCACAGUUGAUAUCAUGGUACAUCAUUACGGACCAAUUUACUCGCCUGCCUGUUGUUCACAUUUUAUGAAGCAAUUCCCCCCAUCAUCUAAACGACCAUCGUCCGCUCAUGCAAGCGCCGGUAGUCGCUGCAGCUGUCCUUUUUGAAGAAUAGUUAAUGAAACUAGACAAAAAGUUUAUUAAGAGAAGAAAGAAAGAGAUUGUAU